CCAGAAAGAGCAAAAGAAGAGUAGAAGUGAAUUGAAGCUUCAUUCCAUGAUGAAAAGCCUCCUCAUUUUUACCCUCUCCCUAAUAUCAGGUCCAGUGGGCUGUGUUGUGACUGGCUACUCAGGAGGAUGCGUCAUUAUAAUAUCUGAUCUAAAAUGGGGUUCAGGAUUUAGUACAUAUAUUUGUAAGGUGGGAAGCAUAUCAUGCACAGAUAUAAUACGUACUGACACCACAGAAAAUUUUGUUCAAGAGGGAAGAUUCAAGCUGUAUAAAAACAAUAAUAGAUUUUUGAGAGUGUUAAUCAGGAGGCUGAAGCCACAGGAUACUGGAGUGUACAGAAUAGGAGUAGAGGAUCAGACGCCCAUUGAUGUGAAACUGACUGUUCUUAAUGAUUCUUGUUGUGAUGGACCAAAAACAGUGAAUGUUUUUCCUGGACAGAAUAUCAGCAUCAUCUCUAACUAUCCUGUGAUUUACAACAGAUACUACAAGUAUAUCAUGAAGCUUGAAAGUAGCAGUGAUUUUAGUGCCAUUGUAGAUACUUACAAUAAACCCCAGAACAACAGAUUCUCCAUUUCUGAUGACAGAAGUGCUAAAGUUGUUGGUAUGAGCAUCAGUAAUGUGAGAGAAGCCGAUGAUGGAGAUUAUUUGUAUGGAAUCUACAUCAAAAAGACUUUAAUCCAGCAUUUUUCCUUCUUCAUGGAGAUUCAACUGCAUGUUAGAGAAUCCUCUGUUAACACCACCAGCAUCAUCAUCAUCAUCAGUGUAUGUGUGCUGCUGAUUGCAGGAUUUACACUGUUGGUCUCAAAACUGAGACACAAGGGAAAUCAAGGUUCAAGACCUUCAUCCCAAGACAAUGAACAUGCUCCUUCUGUUAAUGUGAACGAUCUGCCUAAUUUACCCCCAAAUGAAAACUUGAACAUCAAAAUGAGACCGAAUGAUCAGAAUCUGGAUUCAUCAACAAACCAGUCCGAUUCAACGUACCAAACACUGGACCCACUGACCAACCAAUCAGAUUCAAGCUACAUGUCUCUGAGUAACACUGCCGACCAAUCACAUUCACACUACCAAUGUCUGAAUGCUAGAACUCAGGUGAACUCAGUUUACCAGACCCUUCAUUCUUAAUGCUUUCAUUUUUUAUUCUUUUUGAGUUUUAAGUUUGAGCAUGUUGUUAAUUGAAAAUACUCACCUCAGAAUGUUAAUAGUUAAGCCUAAUAACUGAUUAUUUACCAAUAACAGCACCACAUUGCUUUUUCUUUUUCUGGGUUUUUAUGUUAACUGUGUAACCUUUGAAAUGUUAUUUGAUGUGAAAACAAAUGCUGUACACAUCAUCUAUAUGUGAAUGAAAUGUUGGUGAUGUGGUGAAAUGGUUUAACUGACCAUUAUGAGUUGGUGAAGAUUGUAUCAUAACACCUGAGUGAAAGUUUUUAUUGUGUACAUGUCAGUAUUAUAAGUGUAUUUGCAUAUGAAGUGAAAUUUGACUGCAAAUUCAAACAAUA